GAGAGUGUGUGAGUUGUUCAUUCCUGCUACAAGUGAGCAUGAACUGAACAACAGCUAGUUCCAAGUUGACGUAUAAUCUGGGUAAUCCUAAUUAAUAUCAUAAAAAAUCUACGUAAACUCAAAAAAAUAACAUAGUGACACUUUUCAAGUUACAUACCCCUGAAAAGUUUUUGUUAGAAUAGUUGCUGUUGGAAAUGAUCCUGGUCAGCCAAGCUAAAAGAUAUUCUUUCAAUGUGACGGUUGGCACCGCCUCUUUUUCGUAUGGCUGGAAUCGUUGAUCGUAUGUCAGUUGCAUGUCAGCUGUGACAUAUUUUGCGAUGCCAACUAUUGUAAAUAUUGAAAAUAGCUUAGUAUUAGUAAUUUUUAUGCUAUUGUACGUGAAGAUAAUUUAAAUAGAAAUGGACAAAUCUCAACUAGCUAUCGUAUUACAGCUAUUGAAAAAAUAUAACUUGAGGAGCACUGAGGAGUCUCUGCGCAAGGAGGCCAAUUUAACAGAAAACCUCGACGGCUUACCACAAGAGUCUGAUGUAGGUAGCGAGCUAACUGGCUACAAAAGUGAUGGGGACCCUGAAACAUAUGAGGCAGCUUAUACAGAACUUAAACGAUUUGUGGAAAACUCCCUCGAUAUCUAUAAACAUGAACUUGGUACAAUAUUGUUUCCUGUUUUGGUACACAUGUAUCUAGAGCUUGUCUAUAAUGGUCACUCAGAACAAGCUAUUGCAUUAAUGAAAAAAUUUGCACCAGAGCAAGAACCUUAUUAUCAAGAUGAUUUGAAGAAACUUGCUAUAGUGACAAAAAGAGAACAUAUGAAUGGGAAUGAACUAACAGAAACGUUCAAGUCAAAUCAGUUUAUAAUCAGAAUGUCUAGAGAUACAUUAUCUCUGCUUAAAAGACAUCUCAAUGAUAAAAAGAUUUCUGUUUUGAUAAAUAUCAUACAAGAGCAUUUGUAUUUUGAUAUGUAUGAAGGGGUAGCUAGAAGUAAGAGUCAGAUUUUUGCAACUUCUGGGGCUAUUGGUGGAGAGGCCAAAAGACAAGACAACAAAACAAAAGUCUUUUAUGGGAUACCAAAAGCACCAGAUAUACAAACAUUAGCUGCACCAGUCGAAGAUGAAGAUGACACUGCAGAUCAGGACAGUCCAGAUAAACCAAAAAAGAAGAAAGCCAAAAAAGAUCCUUUAUUUUCAAAGAAAACAAAGUCUGAUCCAAAUGCCCCACCUGUCGAUAGAAUUCCUGUACCUGAGCUAAAAGAUAACGAUAAAGUAGAGAAAGUUAAAGCACUGAGGGAGGUAUCCAAAAGGGUUAACUUAGGUCCAGAAUCACUGCCCUCAUGCUGCUGUUACACACUACUCAAUGCCAAUCAUACAGUUUGCUGUGCAGAAAUAACAGAAGAUUCCAGUAUGCUAGCUGUUGGAUUCAAUGAUUCCAUAGUCAAAGUAUGGACUUUGGUACCUCAGAAACUGAAAGCUAUGAAGUCAGCUGAGCAACUUGAGGAAGUCAAUGUGGAAGCGGAUGAUGUUUUGGUGAGAAUGAUGGACGAAAGAUCGGGAAAGACCUCAAGAACCCUAUGCGGUCACAGCGGACCAGUUUAUGCAGUCUCGUUUUCUCCAGAUCGUACUUUGCUGCUGAGUUGUUCUGAAGACACCACCAUAAGGUUAUGGAGCCUUCAGAUAUGGACUUGUUUGGUGGUAUACAAAGGUCACAUGUUUCCAGUUUGGGACGUCAAAUUCUCUCCUUUGGGAUAUUAUUUUGCGUCAGCUGGAUAUGAUAGAACCGCCAGGUUGUGGGCCACUGACCACUAUCAGCCACUGAGGUUGUUUGCUGGACAUUUUUCGGACGUGGAUUGCGUCCAGUUCCAUCCGAACAGCAACUACAUAGCAACGGGCAGUAGCGAUCGCCGCGUCUGCCUGUGGGACGUGACAACUGGCAACAGCGUUCGUUUGAUGACCGGCCACAAGGCGGCGGUGCAGUCGCUCGCGUUCGCAUCCUGCGGCAGGUUCCUCGCUUCGGCGGCCGCAGACGGACAGGUGCUGAUGUGGGAUCUGUCACACGGACAUCUGGUGGCGGAGUUGGUUGGACAUGCCGGAGCGGUACAUUGUCUUGGGUUCAGUCGGUGCGGGAGUAUAUUGGUGUCAGGUAAGUUGGGAUGUGAAUACGAGGUCUGUAAAUUCAGUGAUGCUAGUCUUUUUUAUUCAAAUAUAAUUACAGUUUUAUAUUGUCACCCUCUGAAUAACCUCCUUUUGAAGAAAAACAGUGCAGGAGACGGUUCUUCCACUCCUCGAAGCAGUGCUGGAACUCCGAUACUGGAAUAGGCUUCAGCUGGUCGGUUACAGCCGUUUGAAUGUAUUCGACUGUCCCAAAAUGAGUUCCCUUGAGGUGAUUUUUCAACUUCAUAAAGAGAAAGUCAGGCAAAUAAAAAGGCUGAGGAGUCACAUGAAUGUUUUUACUGGCCAAAAACUCGUUUAUAUAUACGUACACUUGAGCGAGUUCAAACUUGAACUGAAGGCGGAUCACAUGUUCCCCUCCACUCCAAGCCCUGCGCGUCCACUGUUGCCAGAUCGAACAAAAACCAUAUCACUCAUUUUUUUUUGGUCUGUCUGUCCGUCAGUCGGUCUGUCUGUCGGGAGAGAGCUACAUCCCAUAACUCAGGACGGAUGGAAAAAUGAACGUUGCAGGUGUUAGGAUAUGUACCCCAGCCAUUUUUAAAGUAAGAACCAAUUGCGCAUCGUGCCUGUGCAUCCUGAGUGUUCCACCUCGGACACUCUAGUCUCUUAAGACGCCGCCUUUAGGUUUCACCUCUGUCGAUGUUAGUUGUGUGAUUAUACUGCUUUAUUUGUCGCCCUUUCAAUCAAUAAACCCUCCGAUUGUGAAACGCGCUAAUAAAAACCGCCGGCAGGGCAUUUUUCCUAGCGGCGUCGUUUUGCUUCACGUUGCGCCAAGAAGAAGAAGCAGUGCGGAAGCGAUUGCCGACUGUGACGAACGACGUUGAUCCAUCGGGGAACCACGUCCCACCAAGUUAAAUAAAUGUACGGGGACAUCUAUGAUGAGUGAAAUGUGCCUAAUAGGUGCCCAGAAUAACUGGGGUUGGAAUCGUAUAAAUAUACCAAUGGUAAAAAAUUGAUAUAUACUCUCUGAACCCCCUGCAACCCCCAACACGAAAUUAUUAACUCCUACAAAUUUUCCGAAAAUGAUCAGGAUCCCCUGAAACGCCAAAAAUAAAAGUGAGCGAUUUUUAUGAUUUUUCAUUUUUUGCCUUUUUCCGCCAAUUUUCAAAACCAACUAAACUUUAUCGUCCUUAGCAUAGUAGUAACAUUAUGUAAAAAUUUUACCAAAAUCCGAGUGGUACUUCUCAAGUUAUAGGCAGUUAUAGGAUUAGCGAACAUAUAGACAGACCGACAGACAGAAAUGAGUGACAUGGUUUUUCGUAACGUACAUGUCAUAUAACCUCCAAAAAACAUCUCAUCUCAUGUUCUCCAGUAGGCGUAAAAAUGUUUUUAUUUUUGUUUGUUGAACAAAAAGAUGUGCGGACGUCCAAAAAAAAACAAAGGAAAAAACUACAAAAAAGACAAAUGGCCCAAAACAGCCCCAGAAAAAAAAGAACCGUGGAGAGUAGAUUUAUCUAACGGCUAGGGAGGUAUGGGAAAGGAACGACCUUGCCAGAUGGUCGGUACUAUCACUAGGACAGGGUAAAGAUGUCUAUGAAGGAAUUGUAUGGGCUUGUUUCACUGACUUGAUCAGUUUAACUUCUCUGUUUUAUCUGCCUCCAAAACGUUUUGGAAGACGUGGGGUAGCAUAGUUUCUCAAGUUAUCAAGUUCUAAAGAACCCCAAAGUUGAACAGAAAAGCAUAGUAAAUACGCAAAUUGCAAUUGUUUGAGCCUCUUUGACUAACUUGCUCCAUUUAAUUUUUUUUACAUGUUCGUAGCAACCUUUUUUCUAAAUUGUACCGAACAUAAUCCUUUAUGAACUGACGAUAGCGUUUUGCAAGUGCAGAGUCAACCUACUUGACGUCAUUUUAUUAUUUACCAAAUUUAUGUUUUCCAAAUAUCAAUAGUAGAAGCUACACAUUUUUGGAGGCCUUCCCAAUCUUGAAGUCGCGCUGGAAGUCGGAUCUUUUUUCUGAGCCAUUCAAGGCCGCCUUUAUAAAAGAAAUUUGUUUUGAAGGAACAAAUUCUUUGUAGACAAUUCGCCACUUGUCAAAAAAAGAUCAGCAUUCAGUUUUUUUGGCUGAGAAGGCCUCGCAGUGUGCUACUCCUGACUUGUCUCUUGGCCUCACAUGAUUCGAAACAUCUUAGUCAUUAGCAAUUCUGUAAAAAAGAUCAAGCCGCUUCGUUUUUCGAUUGUCCUGUACAAUCGUUUUUUCGGCACCUCUUUGGUACAGCUUGUUCGCAUGUGCAAAUGCUGAAUCAAAAGUUGAUGAACGGUAAAUCUGUUCAAAUUUAACUAGUCAUUCAACAUUCUUAAAGUUAAGCUUUGGUCUAAUUUCACAAGUGUGUUCACACGUUCGAAGUUUUCGUCGGUUUUCGAAAUUGAAGGUUUCCCGGAGCGGGGCUUAUCAUCAACGUUUUCUCUGCCUUCCAAAAAUGAUUUGUGCCAGACAAAAAUUUGAACUCGGGAUAAGGAAUGCUCCAAUAGACCUGUUUCAACUUAUCAAAUAUCUGGCCGUUUCAUCAAGCGUAAUACAAAAUUUAAUGGUACAACGUUGCUCCAAAUUCCGCUGUUUCAUUUUGCACGGCGCAUAACCAAAACAAGUUAACUAUCAGCAGUCCAUAAAAUGACGUUGUUACCGGACGGAUCUGAAACUCGAAACUCGCACUACGGAACCUACAAAUGCUUCGUAAAACUUUGAUCAUACGCUGAAAAUAACAGAAAGCCUCUGGCCUACUGAAAGACAGUUACCGUCAUCGCCUUUCGCACAACAUUAGCAUUUUGAUAGAUUUAAAAAGGGUAUUUAAAACAAUUCAUGGAAAAUUUUUCAAUGAAAAACGUGAAUGUUAUGGUGUGGAACAAACUUAAAAGAUUAUUUUGCAUAUAUAGAUGUAAAGCAUGGUGUGCCUCAGGGCACUAUUCUAGGACCUCUACGUUUC